AGAAUGUACGGUCGCCUUUUGACUACCGGGAGCCACCGACCCUCGACAGCGACGGGGAUGGAAGUAAACCGCCGCCGCCAAGGGGGUGAGUGAGCACAGCAAGCCCCCGGUUUGUCCCCGCGCGCGGUGGUUUUCACCGGGGUUUUGUGAGCAAAAUGCAAGAGCCUGAGACGCACGCGCUGCGACCGUGCACGUUUGUUUAGUUAACAUCAGAAGCCCUUUUUUCGCGUGCAUGAGUCCAGCGUUAUAAUGGAGAAAACGCAGCGGGGGAAGUGAUUUUUCUUUGUUUUCUCGUUGCAGCUGUUAUGUCACGCGAGGGUGCGUCUUCCCAUGGCCGCCUCAGCUCGCAUGUAAUCGCCAGCCUUUUAUUUUUGAUGUUUUGACGGGACCUAAGUCUCAACGUUAGCUGCUGGAAGCUAACAGGCUAGCUGUGGUUUAGCACUAAUGUUAGCAUGCACCCAGCAGGAAUCGUCCGCUAUGUAUCUUACUGGCCAGUGGUGUGCCGUCUUGUCGAUAAACCCUGUCAUGUCAGAUUGUGUAGACUGCAGAUCCCGGAACAUAAUAUCCAUCAAACCACCUCGUCGCUUCAGUGUUAUUGUGCUCUGAACACCGCUUGACUGCUCAGCUGGUGCAGAUCAUGACUCGUGUCUUGGCUUUGAGUAAACAAAGUUGCUGACCAUGGCUAAAAUGCACCUGAAAAACAGUUGACUGUCACCAGGUUCAGUGCAUUUGGGACGCUAUGUUGUGCUAAUCAGGUCUCUGUUAAUGCAUGUGUACAGUCUGACGUGAUUGAUAAAGGGGUGGGGCCAUUUCAAUAUAUAGAUAAAAAUAAAUCUGUGAUAACCAAGAUAGCUGAAAUCAGUUUACACACUAGCUGUCUUUUUAUAGUAGAUCUGUGUUCCUCAAUCAUGGUCAUCGAUCAUCACAUCAAAUCAGGGACUGAUUAACGCCUGUGUUUACAGGCGAGUGUGUGGGAGAAAAAGGAAGGGGACACCUGUGAAGGUGUGUGACCGAGCGUAUGUAACAGAAGAUGAGGAGGAGGAGAGCAUGUCAGAACACAGCUACAGCCCUGGUGAUGGCCAGUACCCAGAGGGUGCAGAAGACCGCCUCCCUCCACCUGGCAGUCCCUACUACAUGCCCGAUCCCACUCAGCUCUGUGUGCCAGAGCUGGGGGAUGAGGGAGCGAGUGGUGUUCGUGGACCUGUCCUCUUCCAUCCACCACCCAACUGCCGGAUCAGAGAAGUCCACUGUGGGACCCAGGUGCGGUUGGUUGUCAUAGCAAUCCGAGACAUCGCCAAAGGGGAGGAGAUCACAGUGGACUACAGCCUGACGGACUGGGGAGAGAAUGCAAUGGAGGAAGAGGCUGGCCCCCACCCACUGUCCCUCUCUGUUUCUGAUUACCUUACCCCUUCCUGGUCAUUAUCACCCUCAUCCUCCCCACUCACCCACUCUGAGCCCAGUGACUCGGACCGUGAGGAGGACGAAGAGGAGGAAGAUGAUGAUGAUGACGAUGAUGACGAAGAAGAGGAAAUUGAGGAAAUAAGGGGCCGAAUGCUUCGCCGACGCAAGAAGCGCAAGCUGCCUGCAACGGUCGAGUCGGAGAAGAAAAGCGCGCCCACCUCCUCCAGAGGCCCUGGGCACCCCUGCUCAUCCUUUUCCCACCCAGCACCUGUCGCAACCCCUGCCAGAUCCCAGUCCCAGCCCCCAGUCAGCGCCCUGGCACCCCCGACCACCAACAUCAACAACAAUAUUAACAUAAACAUUGGAAGCUCCCCGGGUGCCACAGUGAGCCGGCGGCAGCACUGCGCAUACUGCGGCCGCCACUAUCGCUCUCUGGCACGCCACCUGGAGAAGCACCACGCCAACCAGCCCGACGUUAGAACAGCCAUGGAGCUGGCACAACUGCACAGCUCUUCAAAUGGCAGCGCCUCACACCCUCACCCCUCAUCGUCCUCCGCCUCCGCCACUCACAGUCAUUCCUUUGCUGUCCCUCAGCCCUCGGCCCCCAACCCCGCUCCCGCUCCCCCUCCCCCUCCCCUCUUCUCCAGGGAGAGGGAAUCGCCAGCUACACGGUCGAGCACGGGCGGCGUCUCCUUCUCCCUGUCGCUUUCGCCGCCUUCCUCUACUCAGCCUGUGGCCACCAAGAAGGCGCCCAGCUUACCACUGCCCACCUCAAAACGUCACGCGCCCCCGCUGGUGUCACCAGUUAAGAGUCCAUCACCACCUCUCCCGUCUACUCCCAGAAGGGGUCGGAGGAUGAAGAGAGAAAAGUAUGAAGAGCAGCAAAAGGUGGAGGUGGAGAGCUCGAGAAGUCAAGAGGAGCUGGUUCCACCUCCUACUCCAGAACCAGACAUAGAUCCAAACGAAGAUCUGGAGCUGAGUGGAGAAGGAGAAGAAGACGCACCAGAGGAGAAGAAUGGAGAGAUUGUAAGCACACAGAGACAUCACAUGUCUCCACUGCUCUCUUCCCUCUCCUGUUUGGUCCUCUACCUCCGCCACCAGCAGCACUCCUCUUUCCUUUCUCUCACCCGUUCUCCUCACUCGGCGGAGUCCUGGCGCCUGCUCUGCCAUUCCAGCCUGUCCCUGCUCAUCCUCUACAACCGCCACAGGGAAUGUGAGGUGGCCAAACUCACUGUCCAGGACUACCACAACCGUAUCACUCCUCCGGCCAGCUCCAGCAACAACUCCAGCAACAGCUCCUCCUCUGGCAUGGAAGCCCUCCUGUCCCCCUUCGAACGCCAUGUCCUCUGUACCCUUCCGCGGGCUAGCGUUUUGGGCAAGCGUGGUCGCAUCCAGCCACUUAUUCUCCCGCCACACUGUGAGUCCUGCCUGGACCUACUCCUUCAAACCAGCCCCAAUGUGGGCGUGGACCCAGAGAGCCCAUAUGUCUUCUCUCGGCCCUACCACUCACCUGCCACACCGCUCCGGGGCACGGACCUUCUGAGAAACCUGGCACGAUCCAGCGGGGCUAAAAACCCCGGAGCACUGACAGCGACUCGUGUACGGCGGCAGGUAGCGAUACUUACUCAACUGCUACUAUUAGAUGAAGGCGAGGGCCAGCAUGGAGCCACCAAACAGCUGGAGGAAUUCCUUGAACGAGAGUACCAUGUGACCCAGAACUGCUCCACUAUCAUACGGGAUCCAGCACUGAUGGGUCGUGUGGGUCGUGUUGUGCUUUAUGGAGAGAAGGAGGGCGUGCUUUUCCGAGGGAUGAGCCUGCAGCACAUCUGCCUCGAGUUGGAUGUAUUGUCUGGCAACUCGGCUGACUCUUUCUCAGAAGAGUCCGAGGCAGAGGAAGAGAAAGAGGAAGUAAAGGAGAAAGCUGAGGUGAUGGUGAAGAAGAAAGGACCAGGGCGACCGCCACGGAAGAAGAGGGCACCCAUUCCCGCUCCAGUCAGCCCCUCAAUAGCCAAUGUUCAUAAGAGAAGAUGCAUUCCACCCAAAUCAGGGAAGCGUGGUGUACUUAAGCGCCCGUGGUCAGAGGCUGAGCGCGUAGCAGUGGAGACUCACCUAAAGAGGAACCUGAUGGAGCUGCGAGUCCCCGCGAAGGCGGACUGUGAGCGCUGCCUCGAACUCUGCCCUCUGCUGGUGAGCAACCAGCGAGACUGGAGGUCGAUCAAGUUUUACGUUCACAACCGCAUCCAGCUGCUGAAGAAGCAGGGGAGGAGGGAAAGCGCCGCCUUGGUCUGCUAGGUCAAAACAAAGACACGGCACAGGACACGUACCAUAAUGUAUAAACCACCAGCAAUCAUAAUGGAGACAAAAGGUGGAGUGCAGCUUCUCCUUUUGGGUGGCGUACCUGAAGUUAGGUGCAUGCAAUGUCUCAUCACCCCGGUCAUAAGUGAGUUGUGUAGUAAUGAGUUGCUCCAGUUAAGGAUCAUUCAUCCGUAUGGAGGAUGCCCGCUGUCUGUUCAAGAUGUACUUUUAAGCUGUUGGACAAGAUGUACGCAAAAAUGUGAAUAUGAGUUCAAACACAGUGAGUGCUUUGGUUUUUUUGUGUUAAAGAUUUAUUUUUUAUGUUGUCCUUACUUCAUGAAAUAGUUGAUAGUGGAGAACAGCGGGAGACGUAGGAGAGAGAGAAGGUGACAUGCAACAAAUGUCCCUGCAGUGAAGUCGAUCCACAGGGUUGCGGUAGGUGCUUUAGACCACCAGGACACUCUGCAGCAAAUAAUCCUUGGUCUAGCGUUUGCUUCCACUGAAGGCUGAUGACCAAACAUGAAUGUGUAAAGCUUUGGAAGAAGAAACCAAUGGUUCUGAUCUUUUAAAAUCACCACAGAUAGACUAAGUAUGAACUUGUAUAGUUUGUGUUUGAUAUUGACUGACGUCGUGCCCCCAAACCAUGGCGCCCAAUUGACGAGCGUAUUAAGAAGUAUUCUUCAUCGUCUCGGACCAUUAUGCACCUGUGAAGUGGUUCUUGCAUACAUACCUCUUCUACCAUGGUCGUAGUCGGGCUACUCUGUCUCAAGGCACACCUACUUGAAUUUAUUGUGUGUCAGAAUAAUUUCAGAAUCAAUUUAUGGUCUUAUCCAUAAUGUAAAUACUUCUUAAUCUAUGAAAAAAAUAUACAGUAGUGAUGGCAUAGUAUUGUGUUAUGGUGUAUAUACUGUAAAUACUACCUGUACUUAUUAAAGUGUAUGACAUUUUGCUGUGUUUUCUUAAACUGGAUUGUAAAGUGAGUUGUACAUUGUGGAUGUAGAGCAAAACAAAGGAAAUAGAAAUAACAGAUAAAUACAAGAUCACAGAUUGAUUGAAUUUUAUUGAAAAAGCUGAGUCACAAAGAGUACACACACACGUUCAAAAAUAAUUAUACAUUUUAACAUCAAUUAUUACAGAAUAAAAAGUAAACUCUAUUUAGUGGUCGUGCCAGAGUUGGGUUAUUGUUAACUUUUGUAUGUCAGUUUGUGGCCAGGCUCGCCACGGUUAAUGCUACCUUAUUAGAUCCUUCCCAGUCCUUCCUUCUCUGAAUUAGCUCAAGUCCACCUACAGUUUCUUACGCAAGAUCAAUAAGAUUAAAGUUUGCACAAAGCAGCGUUUUUGAGUCUGGCUUGUAGACUCACCUCUGCAAUAUUUCUGUUUGUAGUGUGUGUUUACUGAAUGGUUACAAGACCAAAAUCCCCCGAAAGGCAAGAGAAUAUAUAGUUGUGAAUCACGUAAAUAACUAAGUCAUAAAGUGUACUUAAAUUCAAAAAAAGAAGAGUCACACAGCACAAGCAAUAAUAACUUCCUAAAUGAUUGUAAUUAGUGUAUAAAUGAAAUUAGAUUAAAUGUCAGUGUAUAUUUACUAAUAGUGUAUAAAUGCACAACAGCAUAAGUUUUUUUUAAAUCACUUAACAGACAGUGAACAUAAAAAUAUAGAAAAUGAAAUGCUGCUCAAUCAGUUUGGUUUUCUUGCAGAGAGUUAGAUGCGAAGAUUGAUAUCUGGAGAGUGGUAUCAAUCCUUUACUGACAGACCUUUCUGUUAUUAUUCUGUCUGCAAUUGGUCCGGAGUUUGAGCUAAUAUGACCGUAUACAAUAAGACAUUUCAGCUUUAACAUGACUUGUUUAAUAAAAAUCUUGGGUGGUCACCCAUUUCAGUGA